AGAAGAUGAUCCCGGCUAGAUUCUAUCUGCAGUUGAAUUUGAAAACUAGCGGGAUAACCUUUUCUUUUUCUUCACUGUGUCUCAACUCUCGAGCUUUCAAGCUGCAGAAAGUUUCCAUUUCCCCAGAGAUACUGAGAGCGUUUGCCAUUGAAAACAUCAAAACAUUUCCUUCACCUUCGAGUCCAUGUGUUUCCUAUCCUUAUCGCCCUCCAAUUUCUGUGCCCAAACCUCUUAAUUCUUCUCUGGAAGACAAGCAAAAGAGCAAGCUGGAAUUGAGGAGUUGAUGCUCAGCAAUGUCGAAAGAGAUUCCAUCUGUCCCGUCAAUUGCUAGGUACGAUGCAAAGUCAUCCAGAUUUGAAUCCAACGAGAAUGAAUUCGAUGAUUUGUUGAACCCGAUUCCUUUGCCUCCGCCACGAACACCUCUCAACUCCAUUCCAGACCCAUCUCAAUGCCAGGAACUGGAACCGACUCCCAGGGGAAAACCUGAAGUGGUUCGAUCCUUCAGGUCUGUGGACAAGAGAGCAGACGCAUCGGAUAUUCAUGCCAUUUCGAAUAAUAGAAAUGGGACUCCGGGUCAUGCGAAUAAAGGGAAAGCUCUUUUGGAGACGAGCUCAGCUCAAAGUACUCCUGCAAGGAGGGUUUCAAACAUUGGUGCUUCUGGAGCGAGAUCUGCUCUCCACACUGGAGGGAAGGCGGGUAAUUUGACGUCUAGAGUCUCAAGAGGGAUUCCGCUCGUGAACUGUGAGACUUCACUUGAGGUGCCACAUUUUGAGCUCGUUGAGGACCCUUCGUUUUGGAAAGAUCACAACGUGCAGGUUUUGAUUAGAAUUAGACCAUUAAGUGAUGUUGAGAGAGUGUCGCAAGGAUAUGGUAGAUGCUUGAGGCAGGAGAGUGCACAGACUUUAGUUUGGCUUGGCCACCCUGAAACCAGAUUCACCUUUGAUCACGUAGCUUGUGAAACCAUAUCACAGGAAAAGCUUUUCCGUGUUGCUGGGUUGCCCAUGGUGGAAAACUGUAUGUCUGGCUACAAUAGCUGCAUGUUUGCAUAUGGCCAGACAGGAAGUGGGAAGACGUACACUAUGAUGGGUGAAAUAGUUCAAAUUAAUGGAAAACUCAAUGAUCAUAGUGGGAUAACUCCUCGAAUCUUUGAGUAUUUAUUCAAUAGAAUCAGAGAGGAAGAGGAGAAACAAAGUACUGAGAGGUUGAAGUUCAGCUGCAAAUGUUCUUUUCUAGAGAUAUAUAAUGAGCAAAUCACAGACCUCCUUGAGCCAUCAUCAACUAAUCUUCAUCUUAGAGAGGACUUAAAGAAAGGGGUAUAUGUUGAGAACCUUACUGAAGUCAGUGUAAGCUCUGUUAAUGAUGUUCUCAAGGUUUUACUACAGGGGGCAGCCAAUAGAAAAAUUGCAGCUACUCAUAUGAACAGUGAGAGCAGCAGAUCACAUAGUGUUUUCACUUGUAACAUUGAAAGCUGCUGGGAGAAAGAUUCUAUGAAACACUUCAGAUUUGGAAGGUUAAAUUUAGUGGACCUAGCUGGGUCUGAAAGGCAGAAAAGUUCUGGGGCAGAUGGAGACCGUUUGAAAGAAGCAGCAAACAUAAACAAGUCCCUUUCAACUCUUGGACUGGUGAUAAUGUCUUUAGUGGAUUUGGCACAAGGGAAACAGAGACAUGUUCCAUACAGGGACUCCAGGCUAACUUUUCUCCUUCAGGAUUCUCUCGGUGGAAACUCAAAAACAACAAUUAUUGCGAAUGUUAGCCCAUCUAGUUGCUCUGCCAAUGAGACCCUAAGCACUCUAAAGUUUGCACAACGUGCAAAACUUAUUCAGAACAAUGCUAAAGUGAACGAGGAUGCUUCAGGUGAUGUAUCAAUUUUGCAGCAGCAAAUCCAACUGCUAAAGGGUCAAUUAUCCUUUCUAAUGAAGCAUCAUAGCUCUUCAAAGCAUAUUCCACACCUGAUGCUAUCUUUGGAUCAAUCUAGCUUAGGUUAUCUUCCUGAGAGAUUUGACUUGUCUAAUGAGAUGAAUGUUCACCAUGAUGAUGAUCACAGAACAUGUGGAAGAAACAGCAAGAUAGAAAAGUUAAAAGCUACGGUGCUUGGUGCCUUGAGACGGGAGAAAUUGGUUGAGAUGGAAGUUAGGCGAUUGGAAGCAGAAAUUGAACAGAUGAAUCGUCUAGUUUAUCAGCAAGAAGAAGAUUUGCAGCGCAAUAAAAUGAUGCUGAGGUUUCGUGAAGAAAAAAUUAAGCGCUUUGAAUUACUUGAAGAUGGGUUAAUCUCUGCGGAUAAGUAUCUCAUCAAUGAAAAUGCUGCUUUAAGAGAAGAGAUUCAGAUGCUAGAAGCUAGAAUUGAAAGAAACCCUGAACAUACUCGACUUGUGUUGGAGAACAAUAGACUUCUUAGGCAGCUUAGAGCGUUUCAAAAUUUUUAUGAUCAUGGACAGAGAGAAGGAUUGGUUGCUGAAAUAUCAGAACUACGUGAACAGUUCUUGGAAUUAAUCGAGUAUGGAGGGAACUACUGGAUGCCGAAACAUGCAUCUAGAGAAGGAUAUCAGGUUGGCAGCGUGUUAGAUGAAAGUGUAUUGGUAAAAAGCACACCUCACCCCCUGCCAGUGCAUGAAGAAGAUUUUUUGGAUAAAAGUAAUCAGCGAGUGGAGAACGCCUUGAUUUUGGAGUAUGAUGAUAUGAAGAAGCAGUUGAUGGAAUCAAGAUCUUUAAUGGAAGAGAUGGAACUGCAGCAAGUCCAUCUCAUUGAAGGGAUAGAGGUAUUGAAGGAAGAAAAUUGUAGGUUGCUGGGAAUGGUUGGUAGAAAUGAACAUAUUGGGAAACAACCAGGCUCGUUGUGUGAAAGUUGUGAAUCACAGGUUUGUUUGGAAUAUACAGAUCUGAAUUUGGCGUUGAGGGGUAGUGCUGAUAUCACUUUGGUCGGGUUGCAAGCUAAGCUGGAAAAAGUGUCCAAGGAUCUCGAGGAAGCCUGCUUAGUUAAUGGCAAGUGUAUAGAGGAACAUGCACAGAAAAUGACCAUGAAACAUCAACAUGAACUGAUCUGUGAGGAGGUAGAAAUGGAAACAGCUAAGACUAUUCUUCUCUUGCAGGAAGAGAUUUCUCAAAUCAAGUCUGAAUUUCAGGAGAAAUUGUCCAGCAUGGCUGAGGAAAUCAUAAGCCUCAAAGACACUCUUGCUGCUAAAGAGGAAGAAAUGAAGGUGGUCUGUGCAGAGUGGGAAAGAGCAACUUUGGAUUUAACCAACUUCCUUACAGAUGGUUCAAAAUCCCUUCAAGAUGCCGGUUGGCAGAUAGAAAGCAUAGCAUGCUCAUUUCCUAAUGUCGACCUUUUCAUUGGUGAGCAUGUUGAGAGGGCUGCCAAAACGUAUAUUGAGAAGGAAGAAACUAUUCUUUUGCUAAAGAAGAGCUUGGAAGAAGCACAACAGACUGUGUUCCAAAUGGAAGAGAAGUUGUUGUCUUUGAAGGGAGCAACAAUUGCUUUCGCUGAAGCUCAGCAGCAAGUAAAUGAUGCAAGCAGUGAAGAGGGAAUUCAGUUAGCUACAGGAUUAAGAGAUACAACCAGUAAUAUAACAUUUUUGGAGAACAAACUUAUCCACAGUGAAGUCCAGAUCAAUGAAGCUGAAAGAUGUGCCAGUUUUGAUUUAUCUGCAGUGAAUAGUGUAUCUGAUUUACCUGAACUUACCUAUGUUAUUGAUAUAAAAGAUCAGCCAUUAAUCAGUGUACAAAAUUUUGGCUUGACAGGUUUUAAUAAUGAGAUUGAGUCAACAAAACGGGAAGUAUUGGAGCUGGAAAAUGCUAUAAAAACUUCCUGUCAUGAUGCAGAAAGGCUCUUUUCAGCCAUCAAAUCUGACGGAUAUAACAAUGUGUUGUUUUUCAAGGACUUGAUUCAAGACAUUGUAAAUGAUAUCCAGGAGCUGCAGAGACAUUUUACUGAGUUGAAGGAAAAACAUGGAAGGGUUCAAUUACAUUCUGUUGGAGUUGAAUCAAGUAAUUCCAAUGAAAUUUCUGGAUGUGAUAGAGUGCGCCAAAUGCUGCAUAAGAUUCUAUAUGAACUUGUUGGAACAAAUGAGAGUUUGAAUCACAUUAAUGCUUGCUUUUAUAAGCUUUUAAAUCCGUAUGGAUACCUUGGAGCUGCUGAGGAGUCAAUGAACUCGGAUGGAUCUACCGAUUGUUCGACUUCUUCUUCUUAUCCUUCUGAUGGAAGUGAUGGGUCAAUUCUUUCUUCUGAUCUUCGUGGAUCAAAUAUCAUACAAAACUUAGUCAUGAAUUCAAAUCAAGAAGAAAUAUUAUAUUUUCUGAGGAAGGAAUUUAGAAGCACCUAUAUUGUGUUCGCCAAAUUAAAAGCUCAUUUUGAUACAAGUUUCUGCGGGAAAGAAAUCCAGAAUUGCUUAUGCUCAAGUCCAUGGUUUUCAAAUUUGCUUGAACUUUCGAAAAGUAAUGACCACUGUGUAAUGGGAAAUGAAUCUGAAGUCAUAAUGCCAGAAAUGGUUCCUGGUCUUGAAGUAAUUAUAACUGAAGCUGAAACAGGCUGCAACCUUGUGAGGGAGUUGAAAUUGAAUGACAAAACUAGUCAGGCUAGUAGGUUCUUCAACAAAUUCGAGGAAGCUUACAGAACCAUCAAGGAAGCUGAUCAUACGCUGCAGGCAUUAACCAAAGCAAAUGAAGGUGCAAAGGAGUUGAAAUGUAUGUGGAAACGAGCAGGGGAGGAAUUUAUGGUAGAGAGAGCCAGAUUGGAUGAAGAGAUUCAGCAACUUAACUCUGAUGUUCAUGGGACAGAGAGCGAGUACGAGAUAUUGCAGAAUCAGAUGCAUCACACCUUCACUGAAAUUGCAAGCUCGAUAUCUUCUAUUGAAGACACGUUCCAAGAAACACAAAAAUAUGUGGACACAUUGUGCAAGUCUGUGCUUUCUGAUGCCUUUGGAAUGGUAAAGGAGACUAUGAGCUGCAUUUGUAACUCAAGAUUGCUAUUAGAAGAAAUAUUCACUAACAUAGAAGGGACUGGAUUAGCCUCUUUGGUCCUCAAUAGAAAUCUUGUGUUUCAACCAGCUGCACUGCAAGAAGGUUUUUUGGCAUUAAGUAACACAGGUGAAAGCUAUGAGACCUAUGAUCUGAGAAAGGUAAAGGCUCCAACCAUAAAAACAACAGUAUCAGAAGAGAUAGAUCUGGUGCAUGCUAAUUCAAUGAAUGAGAAUGCUGAGCUCCGGAGAGAAUUGGAACGUAAAGAAGCUCUUUUAAAAGGUUUACUUUUUGACUUUAGCUUACUGCAAGAAUCAGCUUCCAGCAAAAAGGAUGUCAAGGAUGAAAUUGAGAAGUUAAUUGCAGCCUUGAGCCAAGUUGAGAAUGAGUUAAGAAUUAAAAAUAAUCAGCAUGAUGACAUGAUUGUUCAACAUAGAACACUUGAAAACCAAUUUAAAGAGGCUCAAAGUGCUCUUUUUUCCUCACAUUCUGAUCUAUUGGAGGCAAGAAGAAAAUUGGAGAUUUUGUCUAAGGAAAAUGCUGAGUUGAGAGAGCUCUUGGAGGAUAUUUAUCUAAAGAAGUCAGAAACAGAGGAAGAAUUGAGAGAACAAAUGAAGGCUGUGGAGAUGUUAGAAAAAGAGAUUAUUCUUUUGACAUCUUCAACAGAUAAUCAAGUGAAUGGAGAGAAAAUUCAGCUUCUGGAACAAGUGCGGUCCUUGCAAGACAAGCUUGAUAUUGCUUAUGCAUUUGCUAAUGAGAAUGAAGCUAUUGCCGUGGAAGCCCGCCAGGAGUCAGAAGCAAGUAAAAUAUAUGCUGAGCAAAAGGAGGAGGAGGUUAAGAUUUUAGAGCACUCUGUUGAAGAGCUCGAUGGCACCAUAAAUAUUCUAGAGAAAAAGGUGCAUGAAAUGGAAGAAGAGGUAGAACGGCAUCACAUGAUAAGAGAAUCAUUAGAACUGGAGCUUCAAGCACUAAAAGAGAGACUACUUACAGUUGAAAACUUUACUGAAAAGCUGGAGUUAAAAAAUUCAGGCUCACAACUUACCAAGGAUCAAUUUCCAAGCAGGUCCCUGUCACAUCAAAAGGCUUAUGAUCAGAUAAAAAUCCUGGAGAUAGAAAAGGCAGAACUGGUUAAGGAGGUCAAACAAUGCAAAGAGUACAUCUCUGAACUUCUAUUGCAUGCGGAAGCACAGGCAUUGCAGUAUCAGCAAAAGUACAAAGACUUGGAAGCAAUGGUUCAUGAAUUUAGAACAGAUUCAUCAAACUUGGAAAAUCAAGUAUCAACAUCAGAUAAAAUAGAAAAAGUCUCAACAAGGAUAAGGGGCUCAAGUUCACCUUUCAGAUGCAUUUCUAGUUUGGUUCAGCAGAUGAAUUCGGAAAAAGAUCAGGAAUUGUCAGUUGCUAAACUCCGAAUAGAAGAACUAGAAGCCUUGGUGGCACAAAGACAAAAAGAGGUAUGUAUACUUAAUAAUAGACUAGCUGCAGCAGAAAACAUGACACAUGAUGUCAUCAGGGAUUUACUAGGCGUCAAACUGGACAUGACUAGUUAUGCAGAUCUGAUAGAUCAGCACCAGCUUCAAAAGUUCAUUGUUGAAGCUCAUCAACAAUCGCUAGAGUACAGUGCAAUGGAGAAAGAAGUUCUAAAUCUGAGGAGACAGCUAAAUGAUUUAAUUGAGGAAAGAGAAGCAUUCAUCUUGCAAGUGAAAAGAAGAGAAGCCAUUGAAUUAGCAACACAGAUGACCAUAGAGCAAUUACGCGAACGGGAUCAGUUGCUGACUGCCCAAAAUGAAAUGUUGAAAGUGGACAAAACCAACUUACAGAGUAAGGUCGUUGAAAUGGAUGAGAUGGUGAAAAAUUUAUUAGGGACACAGAAUAUCCAACCACAAAACCAUAGGCUGUUGAGGUUGGAUGAUGGUGAUCGUGGCAAGAGGUUGGUUAACUCCAAGAAGUUGGUUUUGGGAAUGAAUGACAAGUCUUAUCAUUACCGCGGACCUAAAGGCACCAAGUGAAUCUAAUUGUGAUAUCAGUUUGCUGAGGCUUUUCUGAUUCAGAUGUACAAAAUUUCACACCAAAUGCAAAAUAAUCUCCAUAACAAAGGAUCGUCGAAUUCUGCAAUGUAUACUAGGGUGUGGUUGUGUGUGUUUCUUCGAAUUCUUCUCAAUGUAAUCAUUUUUUCCUUUUCAUGAACGUGAUUGAUUUGUAUCUCAUUCUGUAACUCGUAUAUUUUUUGGUUUAUUGGCGCAAAAAAAUUUAAAUAUUU